CUCGCUCGCUCGCUCGCUCUCUCUCUCUCUCUCUCUCUCUCUCUCUCUCUCUCUCUCUCUCUCUCUCUCUCUCUCUCUCUCUCUCUCUCUCUCUCUCUCUCUCUCUCUCUCUCUCGAUUGGCUGCAACGAGUUUGACGUAAUCAUCCUGCGCCCUGGCAGUACGGUUUACUCUGUUGAGUGUUGGGACGAUUCAUCCAUCAGCGGACAAUAAAGUCUCCAUGGCGACAGAAGGUGUGGAGAAGACGAGUGAAGAUGCUCCGGCAGCUGGGAAGGUGAGCACCCGGUUUGACCUGGAGAAGGAGACUGAACUUCGGUUCGAGGUGGAGGCGGGGGAGGCAGCAGAGCAGGUGGACCUGGAGCUCCUCACAGGAAUGGCUGAGGUGUUUGGCUCAGAACUGAACCGCAACAAGAAGUACACCUUCGGACCAGGCUCGAAGAUCGCAGUUUUCACUUGGCAAGGUUGCAGUGUUAAUCUUUAUGGGAAGCCAGAGGUGGCUUAUGUGUCCAAGGAUACUCCUAUGUUGCUCUACCUGAAUACACAUGCUGCCUUGGAACAGAUGAGGAAACAAGCAGAGCGGGACAAUGAGAGGGGGCCACGGGUCAUGGUGGUGGGACCUACAGAUGUGGGAAAGUCAACAGUGUGCCGGCUGCUGUUGAGCUAUGCUGUGAGGGUUGGUCGGAGGCCAACGCUUGUGGAAUUGGAUGUCGGACAGAGCGGGGUUUCUGUACCCGGUACGGUGUCUGCACUGUGCAUUGAGCGUCCAGCAGAUGUGGAGGAGGGCUUCUCAGUCCAGGCGCCUUUGGUCUACCACUUUGGCUCCACGACCCCAGGGACAAACAUCAAACUUUACAAUAAGCUGACAUCACGCCUUGCCGAGGUAUUUUCACAGCGCUGUGAAGUGAACCGAAAGGCCAGUGUGGGAGGCUGUAUCAUCAACACCUGCGGCUGGGUGAAAGGCUCUGGAUACCAGGCUCUGGUCCACUGUGCCUCUGCUUUUGAGGUGGAUGUGGUGCUGGUGUUGGACCAUGAGAGGCUCUACAAUGAACUCAAACGAGACCUCCCUCACUUUGUGAGGGUUGUGCUCCUACCCAAGUCCGGGGGUGUGGUGGAGCGCUCUAAGGAGUGCAGGCGGGAUACCCGGGAUGAGAAGAUCCGUGAGUACUUCUAUGGCUUCCGUGGAGUGUCUUUCUUCCCUUUUUCUUUUGAAGUUCGUUUCUCAGAUGUCCGCAUCUACAAGAUCGGCGCACCAUCCAUCCCAGACUCGUGUCUGCCUCUAGGAAUGUCUCAGGAUGACACACAGCUAAAGCUGGUGCCUGUUACACCAGGAAGAGACCUCACGUAUCAUGUGCUGAGUGUGAGCAGUGCAGAGGACGGAGAGGAGGGUUCAAAAAAGGGUAUCGUGGAGAGUCCUGUAUGUGGCUUUAUUGUGGUGACUUUUGUGGACACACAACUACAGGUGAUGAAAGUGUUGUCUCCAGCACCAAGACCACUGCCCAGACACACUCUGCUGAUAAUGGACAUCCGCUUCAUGGACAUGAAAUGAGGUUAACCUUCAGGGGAGAGGGGAAUACACACAUAAGACAACGUUAGGGAGGGUUUCUGAUCUUUUUUUUCCUUUCUUUUUUUUUUUUUUUUUUUAAGUACAGCUGGAUUUAGUUUCCUUCUGGCUUGUUUGUGGGUUUUAAUGACA